UUCCGGCUCUGGGGCCAUUUCCGUUUCCGUUUCCGACAUUUCGUCCGAUCACCACGACACCUCGUUGCAUUACCAACUCCGCCUGGAAAACCUGUGCUUCAAACUGCGAGCCAACUUGCGCCAACCAGCGACCGCAAACCCUUCCCACCUCGAAUUUCCGAUCUGCACCCCGGAAUGUGGAGCCCAACGUUGCCAGUGCAACAGUGGAUACUACCGUAAUGUCGUUGGCGGCUGCGUCCCGCUUUCCCAAUGUCCUCCCGUCUGCCCGACAAACUCGUCCUAUAACUCCUGUGGCUCAAGCUGUGAACGUACUUGUGCCCAGCGGAACCCGAUUUGUCCGGCUAUCUGCGGCCCCGGAAAGUGCAUGUGCAAUGCCGGAUACUCCCGUAACACGGCCGGCAACUGUAUCCUCGAGCGGGAUUGCCCCCCGACUUGCCCGGGAUUCUCGACCUGGCAGACAUGCAGCAGCUACUGUGAGCCGACAUGCACAAAUCCAAAUCCGGUCUGCAAUCGUGCCUGUGCUCCGGCAAAGUGCCAGUGUAAUCCGGGAUAUUACCGUAGCCCGAGCGGACUAUGUGUCCAGUGGAAUCAGUGCUGUAGGUUCAAC